AUUAUCAUAGAAUAAAAUCAAGGAUUUAUGAACUACGAUGAUAUUAAAAUAUAUGAAGAUUAUUUUGAUUCUCCGAGCGACUUCAACACAAGGCGGAAAAUACUGCAAUAUAUUAUCAGCAGAUGAGAAAAAGUGCCACUUAAGGGAAUCACUUGUCAUCAUCGACCAUAGCGCUAAUCAGAUAGCAGUGGACAAGAAAUCUAACACCUUGUACUUCAGCUUCGAUGCAGGCCAAGGAGAAUUCAACCCAGCAUUGAUCGGCAUAGAUACCAAAAAGCUAAAGCUGCUUAAAGGAGUUAAAGACGCUUUUGCUAUAGCUACAGAUGAUAAAACUGGUGAUGUAUAUUUUGGUGGUAGCAACGGCGUUUAUAAAUAUAGCCAGUUAAAUAGCAGGCUCAUGAGACUGGAUAUAAAGCAGUUAGACGUGUGGUGGUUAGUGGUGCGGAAUCAUAUAUAUUACAUACAGUUUCCAGACUUGAAGGCCUAUGUGUAUAAAUGCAAGAUGAUCAAGUUGCUAGAACAGCUUCACAACAGCGUAAUGAACCAAUUUGUCUUCGAUGCCGAAAAGAAUAUUUACUUUAUAAACGGUACAGGCCUUUACAGGGUUGGCAAAGACGACACCAAGGUGGUAUUACUAAGAAGCACGCCAAAGUUUUUAGGAAUGACUACUAACAUAUAUGGUACAGUGUACGUAUGCAGCGACAGUGGGAUUUACUAUAUUAGGAAAGAUCAGAAGUUGGCAAAAUUUGUGAGCAUCCAAGGUGUGUUAGCGUUGACAUUUGAUAAAGAUAACCACUUGAUUUACUCUGAUUCUCGAGAGUUAGUCCGUCUUUUACCAAUGGAGAAGAGAAUUAAGAAGAAUGAAUCUCGGAAGUCUCUUGCUGGGGAUGUGAGGAAUGUGACAGUUUGUGAAGUGUUCACGAUGCUUGUUAGUCCAAAACCAAAGGCGAUAAUGGAAGAAGAACACCAAUGCCCUAAUUCAUUAAGCACCUCGUAAAUAAAUGCUUGAAAUACUUUAUGAAGUGGUC